CUCGUAUAUAUAGUGCACAUUUAACAUACCAUAGAGACGGGACUUUUCUGUGUUUUUAGAUACGGUCGCCGUUUCAUUUUUAUAUAUCUGUUGGCUAAUUACAAAAAAAUAUUUUAGUUUUAAUACAAUGGCUUUGACUGCUAGAAUUAUAAUAAUUAACGCUGUUUUAUUCGGAACAGUUUACUCAAACACAUGCAGUUCAUUUAAAAUAAGCAAGGAAAAUAUCAACACAGCCUUGAUCGGCCAUUCUAUUCUCGCAGUUAAUGAUACAAACCACUACAAUUGUGCGCAAACAUGUAUGGCAAUGUCCGUCUGUAAAUCGAUCGACUUUGACAGAAACGAGCACGUGUGUAAAUUAAACGAUGUUGACCAGUCGUCCGUUGAUCAAUCGGAGUUUGAAACAAAACAAGGCUCUAUAUUCUCUGAUAUCAGCGAAUGGCCUAGCUCAAUGGUUGGAAGUUGUGGCUCAAGGCCGUGUAAAGCGAACCAAAGGUGUUACCAAAAUGGUGCUUCACAUGUGUGCAAAGACAUAAUUACAUCCUGUGCUUUUGAUCAGAAAAUUGAAAAUGGUGAAAUACAGACUAUUACUCCUGACGAAAACAAGUUUCUCGACGUAGCUCAAGUAAAAUGUGACGAAGGAUAUGUUCCUAGUCAACAAGAGGUGAAAUGUGAGGCUUCAGGAAAAUGGCAGUCUGCAACGUGCACGAAAAAAUUACCAAGUGAUUGUAAAGAAGUCCUUGAUAAGGACGAAAAGGCGAAAAGUGGACAAUAUGAGAUAGAACUAUGGAAAUCUGGGAAGAUUCUGACGUGAAUUGUGACAUGG